CCCAGACAGGGAAAGCUAUUUCUUAUCCGCUUAAAGCGCCAGGAGGACGUAUCACCACGGGCAGUACCGGCCAACUUAAUGCCAACGCAUUACUGAGAAAAGGCGCAACUUCUGCUCUCUGCAGUGCACUUCCAAAAACUCUGUCAUCACGUCGCUGCAAGGUUUAACGAUGGGGUUAAACGCAGGGAUCUGACUGCAGAGUGAGCCGGUGAUUUGUUGACUUGGAGAUCUCUCACUUCAGGACCAUGUUUCAGAGCAUGGCUCGGGCCCGGCUCCAGUCUCAACUGCCCCGUGCUAAACCGGCCAGUACCACCAGUACCGACGAGCAGCGCGAUUCCAGGAGAGCUUGCUGAGGAGGUCCGUGCGGAGAGCCAUGCUGUCGGGGACUUGGCGGCGUUCGGUGGGGCAGCAGCAUGCCGCGGCACCUGUCGUGACCCCCAGGAACGUGACAGUGUGUGGGGUCCCCAGCGGCACGGUGGUCCUGGAGGCCCAGUAUGACUACAACUACCGCGGCGCUGACGGGCGGCAGGUCUGCAUCAGGGAGGGCGAACGGUUCAUUCUCCUGAAAAAGACCAACACUGACUGGUGGCAGGUGCGGCGGAUCGGUGCGGCCAGCAAAACGAAGCCGCUGUAUGUUCCUGCUACUUAUGUGACGGAGGUGCCCAUUGCACCGAUGCCCUCGCCACAGCGCCUGGUCGCGUCUGCCUCGCUGAACUCCAACCUCACGAUACUGCCAAGCGUGUCGCUCUCCCCCAGCCCAAAAGAGACGACCUACAGAGACCAUCGUCAAGGGAACAAACCCAUCUUCCACUCCAUGGAAAACCUCAACUCCAACAGUGCCUUCCAGGGGCCGCACAACCAAACCAGCAGAGGUGGAGCCCGCUCCACCACCACGCCGCUCUGGUCUGGUUUUACCUUCACGCCCGACCCUCCCACCUCCCCUUCAGGCCACCUCAUGGUCCCCGGGUGCCCCGCAGCUUCCACGACGCCACGAAACGCACCGCUCAGCCCCAAGGCGGUCCCCAUGAUCACUCGGAGCCAGAGCUCCAACAACCUGCCUGAAAACCUGACGGAGAACCCGUACGACGAGGUGGGCGGCGGCCUCGGCAACCGCAUGAACCACAGGGUGCCCAAGAAGUCCUGUAGCCAGUGGGACAUGGUGGGAGCCUCCUGCAAGAAAAACCAUCUGCAGGUAGGGAGAGGCCGGCCCUACGAACCUCCCAAAACAAACAUGGUCCCAACAGAAUCCUAUCUGUCCCGGCUGUCCUGGCAAGAGUCCCCUCUCUACAAUGAAACGCAGCCAGACAGGCGUCUGUCGCAGUCAGAGCCCCCCAGCCCGGCACCAGGUCAGCAGCCUCUCCAGGUCAUGGACCUGUGGGAGCAGUACUUGGACCUGCCCACGGGGAGAUGCUACUACGUCAACAGCAUCACCAAGGAGAGGUCCUAUAAACCCCCCCGCCGGGCUCGUGGACGUACCUCCAACCAACAGGGUGGUCCGGUACAACCUCAGACGUUACCCAGAGAAUCCAGCCAUCUGUCGCUACCGCUUCAUGAAGCUGGCAACGGAACCAUGAAUAAGUUGCCGUCGGAUCACCUCUUCGGGACCCACCAGAGGAACACUGGCAGCAGCUGGCAGAUGAAACAGAGCAUGCAGCGCGCCGCCUCCUCUGACACCCUGAGCACAAUGGCGUUCAACAAUGCCGAUGGCCAGCGCCAUAGCUCUGCCGCCCUGCAUGACGUCGAGCAGCAGCUCAGCCACUCUCAGUCUAUGAUCCUGCCUGAGAACGGCAAGAUAGUCCAGCAGUGCAGAGAUUCCUCGUGUAAUGUGACCAACAUCGUUGUGGAGCCUCCAUCUCCUGCGAGCUCUCCAGACAGCGAUGGCGGCACGCCGGAGUUGGAGAAAGCCGGCCUCUUGAACAAAACAAAGAUUGCAGAAGGAGGCCGGAAACUGAGGAAAAAUUGGAGCCCCUCCUGGGUGGUGUUGGUCGGGAACAGUCUGGUUUUCUUCAAGGAUCCUAAAUCACAGACACCUUCCAGCUGGAAGCCAGGAAACAGUCGUCCUGAGAGCAGUGUGGAUCUAAGAGGAGCAAAGCUGCACUGGGCCGACGACCUGUCCAGCAAGAAAAACGUCUUCAAGCUGAGGACGGUGACGGGCAACGAGUUCCUGCUGCAGUCGGAGACGGGCGCGCUCAUCAAAGAGUGGUACAGCACCAUCCAGAACGUCAUCGACAGGCUGGACCGCGAAAACCCGUUGGACAAUGUCCUCCUGUACUCCCUGAGGCGAGCGGGCAGCUUAGAGAUCCUGGAACACAGCGGCGACGAAGAUGACAGGAGAACGUCGCUCCCUCGCUCGGCGUCCAACCUGGAGAACACGGAGAGGAAGAGAGUAAAGACCCGGCUGAAGAAGCUGAUCCUAAAGAGACCUCCUCUGCAGGCGCUGCAGGAGAAAGGGCUCAUUAAAGAUCAGGUGUUCGGCUGUCGUCUGGAGAUGCUGUGCGAGAGAGAAAAGAGCACCGUCCCUCGCUUCGUCAGGCUUUGCACCGACGCUGUGGAGAAGAGAGGACUGGACGCUGACGGCAUCUACAGAGUUUCAGGGAACCUGGCGGUGAUUCAGAAGCUCCGCUUCCUGGUGGACCACGAGCGAGCGGUGACUACAGACGGACGUUACAUGUUCCCGGCGGAGUUUGUGCAAGAGGAGAAGCUGAAUUUGGACCAGAGUGAAUGGGAGGACAUUCAUGUCGUCACGGGAGCGUUGAAACUUUUCUUUCGCGAGCUUCCCGAGCCCCUCGUGCCCUUCGGCUUCUUCACCGACAUCGUGGAGACAGUCAAGAUGACCGACCACAUGGACAGAGUGGAUCGUUUGAAGUGUCUGGUGCUCAACAUGCCUCCUCCCAACCACGACACGCUGCAGUUCAUGUGCUGCCAUCUCAAACGAGUGUUGGAGCGUUCAGGCACCAACCGAAUGACCACCCAGAACAUCGGCAUCGUGUUCGGGCCAACUUUGAUGCGUCCGGAGCGGGACAACGGCAACAUGGCGGUGAACAUGGUUUACCAGAACCAAGCGGUGGAACUCAUCCUCAGCGAGUUUGACCACAUCUUUGGAACAAGAGGCCCGUCUUGAUCCUUUCGGUCAGACGAGGCGAGGGUGUAGGGUGAGGGUGUGUGUGUGGGGAGGGGGUUCAAAAGGCUUAUCCAGACCCGACAAAUUCACAAGUAUUGCAGCUUUUGUCCUCUUUGCCUGUUGACUCAUGUGGUUUAAAAUAAGUUUCACAUCAAAAGAUAAUCACGGGGUAGAACCGGGACAGAAAGCUGCUAAUAGUGACAUCUGGCCUCCAUAUAAAGGCACGUUUAAACAAUAAUAAUAAUAAAACAAACCGAUUUUAGCUGUAGUUCUUGUUUUUCACUGCAGAUGUUGGGUGCAGCGUUCUUAACCGCUGGAGCAGACGCCUCCGUGUCAUUUUUCCUUGACGUUUGAGACCAUCAGGAUAAAUAAAAGCCAUAAAAGUGAUUAAUGUCCCCCCCGACUGGCUGAGUAUUAAUCAGAUAUUUGAGGGAGGAUGUGUCUUAUAACCGGGCACAAAAACAGAACUUUGGCACAACCGUCUCACUGUGAAAACCUAUGCACCAGGACUGGACAGAUCCCACCUGCAGCGGCAAGCAGAGGAUUCUAUGAAAUAUGCAAACGAGCAGGAAGCCAGCCGCACACGGAAAGCAACCGCGUAGCUGCUGAGGUCAUACAGUGUUUUGAGGAAGAAUUUGUACGUAUAUUUCAGACUUCAGAGGUAAAGUUCAACGGGGAACUCUUCCAUGUCAAAAGCAUGAUUUCAGUGUCAAUAGGGCAACAAAUGUUCCCUUUGUACCAAACAGUACGUUUUAGUGCGUGUGGACCUUUGAAGUUUCCCGUAAAUUUGGAUAUGUCUUCCAUUUUUAUUGGUUCGAACUCCUCAGAUAAAGUUAAAUAAUAUGAAUGUGUAAAUAUGUGAACUACUGUCGUUGUCAACUAGUAGCACUUUGCAUACAGUGUUUAACCUUAACAUUAUAUAUUAGCCAGAUUCAAACUGAUUCAUUUGCUUUUAAAUGAACGACGCGUCGUGGCUUGGACCUGAUUGUUGAACUCUCCUGCAAUAAAAUAAAGAAUUUCACAAACUGAUCGUUCUCA